UUCUGGUUUUUAGGUAGAAGAAAUUAGUCCCUCCCCCUCCUCCUCCUCCUCCUCACCGGAAUCUGACCUCUCCGGCGACCUCCCUCCCUGCCCGGAUUUUUCCUCCGGUGCUGGGGAGAUUCACGCAUUUUCCUUCUUCUUCCUGCUUCUCUCCCACUUCAAUCCACAGGGAUGGAGAAUAUGAAAACUCCAUUCAUGGGGAUAAUCAAGGAUGUCAAAGGGAGAAGCGCGUGCUACAAGCAAGACUGGGUAAUUGCACUUUGCUCAGGCAUUAGGAUAUUAGCUCCAACUAUGUACAUUUUCUUUGCCUCUGCUCUUCCUGUAGUAGCCUUCGGGGAGCAACUAAACAGAGAGACAGACGGAAGCCUCAGCGCAGUGGAAACUUUAGCUUCUACUGCACUUUGCGGAGUCAUCCACUCAAUUUUUGGUGGACAACCUCUGCUGAUAUUAGGAGUUGCAGAACCCACAAUCAUAAUGUACACUUAUCUAUACAAUUUCAGCAAAGGAAGGCCAGAACUGGGAACAGGGCUCUAUAUAGCUUGGGCUGGAUGGGUUUGUGUGUGGACGGCAAUUUUUCUCUUCCUUCUUGCUAUUUUUAAUGCGUGCACCAUAAUCACUAGGUUUACUAGGAUUGCAGGAGAACUUUUUGGAAUGUUGAUAACUGUCCUUUUCAUGCAAGAGGCUAUUAAGGGAGUGAUCAGUGAAUUUACUGUUCCUAAAGCGGAAAAUCCUAACCUGGAAGAGUAUCAAUUUCAUUGGCUAUAUACAAAUGGGUUGCUUGCAAUUAUUUUCGCAUUUGGUCUUGUAUUCACUGCCAUGAAGAGCAGAAGGGCGAGAUCAUGGAGAUAUGGCAGCAGGUGGUUUCGAGGUUUUGUUGCAGAUUAUGGGGUACCCCUUAUGGUCUUGUUAUGGACAGCAUUGUCCUAUGCUGUACCCAGCAAAGUCCCUGAAGGGGUUCCGAGGAGAUUAUUUUGCCCACUUCCCUGGGAAUCUGCAUCAUUAUACCAUUGGAAAGUAAUCAAGGAUAUGAGUAUGGUUCCAAUAUACUACAUCCUUGCUGCCUCUAUUCCAGCUGUAAUGAUAGCAGGUCUAUACUUUUUUGACCAUAGUGUGGCUUCAAAGAUGGCACAACAAAAAGAGUUCAAUCUAAAAAAUCCACCUGCAUACCAUUAUGAUAUCUUGUUACUGGGAGUUAUGACGCUGAUUUGUGGGUUGCUUGGGCUUCCUCCUUCUAAUGGGGUCCUUCCUCAAUCCCCAAUGCACACCAAGAGUCUUGCAGUUCUCAAGAGACAGGUCAGGUGCCAUGGUCAGGGAAUUUUUCUUACAUCUUCCCUGCUAACAUGCAGAAAUGUCUGCUAGCAAAUGUAGUGAAUAUGGAUUUUUCUGCAGCCCACUUCAGUAGCCAAAGAGUUGGAAGACCUUAAGGAGGCUGUGAUGAAAGCUGAUGAUGGUGGGAACGAGAAGGGAAAAUUUGAUCCUGAGAAGCACAUUGAUGCUUACCUGCCUGUCAGAGUUAACGAACAAAGAAUGAGUAACCUCUUACAGUCAAUCCUUGUUGGAUUAUUAGUGCUUGCUAUACCGGUAAUCAAAAUGAUACCAACCUCAGUUCUUUGGGGAUAUUUUGCCUACAUGGCCAUUGAUAGUCUCCCAGGGAAUCAGUUCUGGGAAAGGAUAUUGCUGCUCUUCAUAACUUCUAGCCGACGACACAAAGUCCUGGAAGGUGUACAUGCUUCAUUUGUGGAGUUAGUACCAUACAAGUCAAUUGCUGCAUUUACGCUGUUCCAGUUUGUAUAUUUUCUGCUUUGCUACGGAGUAACAUGGAUACCAAUAGCUGGAGUGAUGUUCCCUCUACUAUUCUUCCUUCUUGUCAGCAUUAGGCAAUACAUCCUCCCCAAGCUGUUUGACCCUAAUCAUCUUCAAGAACUAGAUGCCUCUGAGUAUGAAGAAAUUGCUGGUGCACCUAAAAGAAAUCUAAGUCUAUCACUUAAGGAUGGAAAUACAAGUGGUUCUGGGUCUGAAGUUUGUGAAGAUGAAUUUUAUGAUGCAGAGAUAUUGGAUGAGAUGACAACCAGCAGAGGGGAGUUGAAGCUUAGAACUGUAAGCUUCAGAGAAGAUAUGUUCUCUCCAAUUUAUCCUGAAGGUGCUGGGAAUACUUGGAGAGCUUAGGUUAUAAUGAACUAGUCUAUAAUGAGGAUGGUUAUUGUGAACACCCCCAUCUAAUCGAAGCCAAAAUUAUGACCUGAUGAAGAAGAAUAUCUAUUAUAUAUUCGGCCAAAUACAGUGAUUAGUUGAGAAAUGAUGAAAGGUUAAAGCAGAAUACUUGUUCAGAUUAAUGAGAAAAAGUGAGGGAUAGCAUAGAUUGAAAUGUAUCUUUUGUCCCUUUUUCUAUAUUAGGAAAUCUUGUAGAAGAGUGAAUCUUGAUAGCCCUCGAUCAUCUUUUUUCUUUUUCUUUUUUUCUUUGAGUUAAUUGUUUAAGGGACAGGGUGAGGUGGGGGAAAGAGAAUAGGGGAAGAAAUCAGAGACAGCAAAAGGAGAUUCAGAAGCACUCCUACUCUCUUCCAAAUGAGAAUAUAAAUACGAAGAGGAUUAAUGAUCAUUUGUUAUACCUUUUAUAGGUCAACAUUUUCGUUUCUUUUCAAGUUAGAUGUUGUACUUAUACAUUCUAGUUUUAUAAGUAACUUUUUUGGUUGAAUUCUUACUUGAACCACACAUUUAUUGAAGCCAUAGAUGGAAGCAUAUCACUAUUGCCCUUGUAUUUUCUUUUGGUAC